AUGUCAAACCUUCGGCCCAAUUUAUACCACACAUUAACUUCGCCAGAAUUGAUGGGGUUCCGUCAGUUUGAGCUGGAUCUGGCUCUUGAAACGGGUGUCCAGUGUUUCAGUCCUGUGCCUGAAAUAGAAAAGAAGGAUAACAAAGAGUUGCUUGAUGCCCUAGCUGAGCGGCUGAAUGAAGAGUAUAGAGAUAUCACCUUCCCAAUCCAGCUCCAACCGAACCCAAAGUAUGCACCCCGCGUGUCUUUUGAUACUAUUGACAUUUGCUAUGCUGAGGAACCCGUUGAUGAUGAUCUGCUUUAUACUCGAUUACUGGAAGGAACUGAUCGUGGCAGGGGGCGAGACAGGGAAUUCGUUGUCCGUUCGCCCAGCUCGUCUCCAAACAGACUUCUCUCCCCGAUCGGAAAUCCUGGGGUAUCCAUUUUUAGAAAUCACAUUGCUUAUCCCACUACACCCAUAAUUACGCGCCGAGGGUGUACGUUUCUGCGGACCCACAAGGACUUUGAAGACUUGUACCUGGGCAAGUUGGCCAGCAAGAAUUUGCGUCCUGUUUUACCUCGCAGAGUGAUUUUGGUAUACAUCAGCGGCAGAAAACAUACAUGGGUGGCGCUUGAUUGGAUUCUCCGCUCUUUCAUCGAAAACGGCGACACUGUGAUUGUUGCUGCUGCUAUGAACCAUAGCUUGGGCCGAAAACAAACAAGAAAUUCCAAUUAUCCAUCUCCACUGAAUUUUCAAGCUAAAACGGCGCGUGUUAGGUUUCGUCAGAGAACGCGGCCAGAAUUCAUUAAAAGCAUCACCUCAAAUGUCAUGAACUACUGCUUGAAAGUGGUGAAUCCGGAUGUUAUCUCGAGAAUUACUGUGGAGAUUUUAGAGGGCAAAACAAAGGAUGUCUUACGUGAUAUGUAUCGCCUUUACGAACCUAAUAUCGUUUCUACCGCGUCAAAAGUAAAUUCUCGAAACAGCGCUCCACUCAAAUCAUGGAAUUCAUCACGUCUUAGUGACCGCCUUGUGAAGAACUUUCCGCUUCCAGUUUUGGUGGUGCCUGCGCUGAAUAUGGCUCGCUUCGAAAGAAGCUUACGGCGCCAUAUAAUGAAGGAGAAUGGCUAUCCCAUGUCAGCUCUGGCUUCGUCUGUAACAGAAAUGUCGGCAGAUACAAGUAAAGUUUCGACAAGCAUUGUAUCGGGAGAAUCAGAUGCAGCGCAGGUGCCUCCAUCUGAACAGACUUCCACGUCCAAGAAUGAAGAUAUAUUAUCUUUGUCUGACUCUUUGCAUUCGUCUGAUACUGGAAGCAUGUCCUCAUCGGACUCAUACAAUUCCUAUGAAGAAAUUGCAGAACUAUAUGAAGACUAUAAGAACAACAUUCAUAACAAGCUCGACGAAUUGAGUACCGCGGAAGUUAACGAACACUACUUUUCCAACUUUGCACGAGCAAUCUCUGAUAAAUCGCUUCUGUUCUGUGAAGAACUUAGUAGCGUGAAUCCGGAUUUCAAGGGACAGGGUGCCCUCUUGGCGCGUGCCAUCACUGGGUCCAAUUCGUUUGGAGCAGUUCCAUAUAAAACUAAAUCUUUGUUGGCUCCGCUUGAGGACAAAAAAAGCGGCUUGUCCUAUGAAGAAUUGAAGCGGAACUUGAUGAUGAAUGCUGCGAGAAAACAAAGCAUAGGUAUGGCUCCAUCAAUAUCUGUUCUGCUGCCGACUUCAUCAAGCACAUCAGGUCACACAACUCCGAAACAUACAUCCUUGAAAUUUGCAGUUGAUGCCGAAGUGCCAACCCAGAAACGUGCUGGAAGCAAGUUGAAAAAGUACUUAUCCCAUGACGAAUCAUCUUCAGGAAAAGUAGACUUAAAGGUUUCCAAGUCGCAUCCAGACAUUCGUGGAAUAGAGACGCCAACGCCAGAUUCUGAGAAGAAAAAGAAAAAGAAAAAGAAGAAGUUCUGGAAGCUUUUCUGA